AUGUCAACCGUCGGCUACAUCGGAGCAGGCGCUUGCCUUCUUGGCGUCCUAUCCGCCGUCUUCUCAAUCGGCCACAUUGUCAGCGACAUCAACUCUCUGCGCAAUGAGGUCGAAGGCCGCGUCGACGAGUUCAAGGUUCUGUUUGACGACACCUGGGAUCGUCUUCUUGUUCUCCAAUCUCCCACUGGAGAAUCCGCCAACCCUAUGCCUUCCAUCUUCCGUAACAAACGCUACGUCUACCCGGGCAUGUGCAAUUGCGGCGCCAACUCUCGCGGUUGCCCAGCUGGACCUCCAGGACUUCCAGGACCACCAGGAAACCGAGGAGACGAAGGACACAACGGAGACAACGGCCUUCCAGGCGCUAGCGGCAUCUCGCUCGCUGUGACUCACGACAUUCCUGGCGGAUGCAUCAAGUGCCCAGCCGGACCACCUGGACCACCAGGACCAACUGGACCUGUCGGAACUCCAGGAUUCGUCGGAAACAGCGGAAAGGCUGGACCAUCUGGUGACGAUGGCGCUACUGGACCACAAGGACCUCAGGGAGACAAGGGACCAGAAGGACCACGAGGCUUCGACGGCUCCAACGGACCUGACGGACAGCCAGGAACGGCCUACUUCCCAGGAGCCCCAGGACAGCCAGGAGAGCCAGGAUGGCUCGGAGAGGCUGGUCUUCCAGGAAAGCACGGAGAGCCAGGAGCUGACGGAGAAGAAGGACCACAAGGAGAGCCAGGAAAGGCCGGAACUCCAGGACACGACGCCUUCCCAGGACCAGCUGGACAGCCAGGAGCUCCAGGAGCAGUCGGUAAGCGCUCAAUUCUUUGAAUCUUUCCGAAAUAUCCACAAGAAUUCUUCUAAUUUUUUUUUUUCAGGCAAGGACGCCAACUACUGCCCAUGCCCACAACGUCAAGAAAAGUCGGAUGACCGCACUCCAUCUGUUCCUUCCGGAGGAAACAACGGCGGAAACCGACCACGAGGCGGAGACCAUAAUGGUCCUCAACCAGAUGGCGGUCGUGGAGCUCCACCACCGUCCGGCGGACGCAGCGAGCCUUCUGGAGGCAACGCCGGCUAUCCAAGCCCAUCUCCACCACCAUCCGACAACUACGGCGCACAGUCCAGCUAUGGCUCCAACAACAACAACGGCGGCUACAGAAAUAGACGCGUUUAA